UCUCCCCAAUGGAUUAAGGUUGCUUCAAUUGCCUAAUUAUCCUUUUCCCUUACCAUCCAAUUUUUGACCUCAAAAACUUGUUACACUCGAGAUGCCACGUAGUCGCAUUCGGUUAAAGAAGUUAUUUAAGCAGGGGUUUCAAUUCCAGAAUUUGAAAAGUAUCAACCUCCGUGAAUGUUUGUCUAUUACAAAAUUACCUAAUUUACAGGCGCCAAACUUAGAGAACUUGGACCUUUCAUAUUGUUACAAUUUAGUUUGGUGUCAUGAGUCCAUUGGAUUUUUUGAUAAGCUUCAAGAAUUGCAUCUUACUUGUUGUAGCAAACUUCAAAAUUUUCCAAGCCAUUUCACGUGGAAAUCUCUUGACAUUUUGGGUAUUUCAAACUGCUCAAGUCUUGAUUUUAUUUCUUUCUUAUUCGCCGAAUGGUGUCUCACCUGGCUUAAGAACAUCUUUAGGGUUCAUGGUUUAUAUAGCUAUUGCUGUAAAAAUGUUGUGGAUCUUGAAGAUAUCAUCUAUAAAUUACCACCGCCUGAGAUAUUAUGUAUAUAUACUGGCAAAUUGAGACCCUGGUGUGAAUAUGGUAUUAUUCCAAAGUCAUAUGCGUUUCUAGAUCUAAGCAAUGUUGAAAAUCUAGAUCUGAGUAAUGUUGGAAAUCUAAUUGAAUUAGAUUUUUUGAUGAAGUCUGAUUACUUUCCUGUAUUGGAACGUCUAUAUUUAAAUGAAAUCAAUAUUAUUACCAUCCCGGAAAGCAUCACUAAGUUUACUAGAUUAGAGAUGCUCGGAAUAAAAUGUUGUAAGUAUGUUCAGGAAAUUCCAAGGCUUCCACAAUCUAUAAGAGGAGUGUAUAUACUAAACUCCCAUUCGCUACAUCCACAAUCAUCAAGCAAAUUGUUGAGUCAGUUUGGAGAAUUUUGGCAAGCACAACAAAAUCCAUUUGAUUUUGAGGAUUAUGAACUUAUACUACAUGGAUCAGAGAUUCCAAAGUGGUUCAAUCAUAUAAGUGUUGGAAAUUCUAUUUCAUUCUGGGUCGGUCGUGAUUAUCCAAAAUUUGUUUGCUGUGUUGUUUUUGAACCGAAUGAACAGUUUCGGAAUUUUACUACUCAAGUCACCUUGAAAUUUAAUGGGAAAAGGUUGACUAAUUGGAUUCCUUCAGGAAUUGACCGUGUUACGGAUAUGACGUCUAAUCAUGUAUGGUUUUUUAAGGUAUUUGUUCGUCCUGGGUUUGAAGAAUUAAAUCUAUUUGAUCGGAAUCAUGUGGAGGUUAAAUUUCAUUGUGGAUCACGUUCAUAUCCAAGUGUAUCUUAUAUCCUAAGGUGUGGGAUCCAUGCUGAAUGCAUCUGUCCUCUUGCUCAAGAUCUCUCCACCAACACUCUCCCACCUACUUCAGUACCUGCCUUCCCCAUUUGUUCUAUUUCAAACACUGUCAUGCCUUCCCCCCACCUCUUAAACUCUUGUUUGGAGCUUUCACGUUCGAAUUCAAUGGAAACAACAUAUAAUGAUUUUGACUCUCCUUUGGAGGGCUCUCAUGAUGAUGGAUGUGAUUUGAGUUUGUCACUGUGCACUUCUCCCAUGGGAAGAAAUUACUCGCCUCCUCAGCCUCAGGCCACUGUCCCUAAUGACACUAGCCACAUUUCUUUGCCAUCUAGUAUAGACCUUCCAAAUAAUAUGACAGACGUGUUCGAAUUAUGCUUCGGUUUGCCAAGUUUGGGAAUUGGCUCAAUUUCUAGUGAGGGGUUUCAUUUGGGUUCUUCUUCAAUGGCCCAUAACUUUGUCAGUGAUGAUGAUUCUGACUUCAAUUUGUAUUCUCCAUCGAAGAAAUGAGAAAAUCUUGAUCGAACUUGGAAGAAGAAAUAUGCCUCCAUUUGAAAAAGAACCUUGAAACAAUUUUCUUCUUCAUGGUUCGCAUUCCAUUUCUUUAGCAUUUGAUGCCAAGUGUGGUGAAAGCAUGAGAUUCAAAAUCAAUCUGUACAGUGGCUCAGUGCCUAGAGUUUCAUACUUUUUUCCCCUCAUUUUCUAUAUUGUGUUGGCUGGAUAAGGAGUGUGCGGCAGUUCGACCUGAGCAAAGUACAAGUCAAUUUGUUUCAAGCAACAGUGCCAACACAGAAAAUUUAGGCAGCACAAGUAGGCCAAGGUUGAUUGAAAAUGAGGACGGCUUCCUGGAGCUGUGCUGCUUGCAAGGGCUAGGAUUCUGGAGAGGUUGAGAGGGGUGCCUCUUUCUGCAAACAGGUCAUUGCUUACUGUGAUAUGCAAUUUGGAAUUUUCCAAGGGUCUGAUGAUGGAUCCAUUUUUCUUCUCUGACUCCACUUUUAGAUGGACCUCUAUGUGUAAAAACUGGGUUACAGUGACUCAUUUAAUUCUCAUGGAAUGGCCAGAAAAUCCUGCCUAUAGAACAUCACUCAUCACUGCCACAAGUGAGCCUGACUCAUUGCCAGUGGAUUCACAUACCUGUCCUCAUGCAAAUGCAUACUUGCUCACUUCAUAUUAGCUGUUCCUUGCUUUCCUCUAUCCUCUGUUUUCUGUCAUUUCACUCCAUUGAUCCAUAAAACAACUGAGUCGCAUGUGAGGUAACAAUUAUAUGGUAACUGUAAUUCAUGAGCAUACCUUUGAUAAAUUUAGGUGAACGUACUUUGACCAUGAGGUAUAUUGGUUAAGGUCUAAUGUUCUGCAAUGGAAAGAACAAAUUAAAUGGACAUGCUUUUAGUAUCCUUUUUGCUUGCCUGCUGGGAUAUUUCUUCUACUUGUUUUGAUUUUUUUAAAUUUGAGAGCCUGUUCUCUAAGUGUUUGGUUGCUACUACCAUAUUAUAUGUAGAAACUGUUUUUUGUUCCUUCACUACCUUCAACUCAUUGAAGAUAUUGCAUUGCGGACAUGUCACAUUACAAAACUGGCAAGAUUGGUCUGAGAUGGAGGGCAGAGAAGGAAGUCAUAUCUGGGAAAGUUCAUAUGUGGUAACAAACACUGUGAUGAAAAAGAUGACUUGGCCAGCAAUGAGGCAAGUGUUUUAGUAACAUCAUUGAUCUCUAUAGCAUUUUAUGGGUAUGGAAAUUUUUUUGUUGGUUUAUGAAAAUUUCUCUUACGGCUUUGGAUGAAUUUAAAUCUCAUUUAUUUAUGUUUUUGUGAAUGAGUCCUCACUCAAAUGAUACUUCCUCCUCUCAGAAGUAUGGGUGGAGAGUGAGGUUAUGGGUUCACAACCUACUAAGUGCGUGUGUAAGUUAUCAAUAAAAAAUAGUGAAGUGUAUUUAUCGUUCUGGCAAUGCUAGGUAACAGCUGUGAGUCUUUUGACCAUGCAUGUGCAACUUUAAGAACCAAUACUGAAAUUUCUUGUGAGAUUAUUUUUUAAAGGAUUUUCUCUAUUUUACAAUUAAUAUAUUCAAUUAGUUAUUACCAGUUCAUUUCUUCAUGGAAUAUUGGUUUUGAGGGAGGUAAGAGGGUGGGUAAGGAGAGAGACCACUUCUGAUCAUGUGUAUAGUUGCAAUGAGCAGUUUAUUUGGUGAGGUCUUGUGAUGCAAUUUUACUGAAUUUCACACUGUUUACACACCAACCAAUAUGGGGGUGAGGAUCUAAAGAAUUUAAUGGU